GACAUAGCUUUUCUUAGUAUCAUUAGUUACUUCUUUACUAUGUAUAGAUUUUAAAUGAUAAAUGAAAAAUUGAGGUUCUUCAAUUUCAUAUUUCCAAUAAUGUAUAAUUGUUCAAUUAGCAAGUGAAGGAGGUUUGUCUUUAAAUAAAGCUGAACUCAUAUGAUCAGCUCAUCACUUCUACUUCUACUGUCAACUUACUAUAAGCAUUGUUUGCUUUCUCCCUCUCUAAAAACCUCCUUUCAUUUUCUUUAUCUCAGCCCUUUUAAGAAGAAAAAAGUUUCUUGCUAUUAAAACAUGAAGACAACAUUUCUGUUGGCUUUGCUAGCAUGUCUAGCAGUAUUGUGUCCAACUGUUCUUGGUGCCGCAGAUGAUCUAUAUGUCAAUAUCACAAUACUCGAAAGCGCAACUGCCCAAGGCGCAGUAUGCCUAGAUGGGAGUCCACCAGCCUAUCAUCUAGAUAGGGGACAUGGUAGCGGAGUUCGCAGCUGGAUUGUCUCCUUGGAUGGAGGUGGUUGGUGCAACAGUAUCCCAGAUUGCCUUGAUCGCUCAACUAAGUACACAGGUUCUACCAAGAAGAUGAAUCAACUAGGUUUUUUUGGCGGGAUACUUGAUAAUACUUCCAAGAAAAAUCCAGAGUUUUACAAUUGGAACAGGGUGAGGGUGAAGUAUUGUGAUGGUUCAUCUUUCACCGGUGACGUUGAACGAGUUGACCCUGACAAGCAGCUGUAUUUUAGAGGGGCAAGAAUAUUUAAGGCUACUAUGGAAGACUUAUGGAGCAAAGGAAUGAAAAAUGCUGAAAACGCAAUUCUAUGCGGAACUUCAGCCGGAGGGUUGGCAACAAUUUUGAACUGCGACAAGUUCAAAUCCUACUUGCUGAAUGAUGCGAGAGUAAAGUGCAUUGCAGAUGCUGGCUUCUUCAUCAAUGGGAAAACGAUUGCUGGUACUUCAUAUAUUGAAGAGAUGUAUCGGAAAAUUGUUAACCUACACGGAUCGGCUAAAAAUUUGCCUUCAGCUUGCACGUAUGCAAUGGAACCAAGUCUAUGCUUUUUCCCAGAGAAUGUCGUUCCAUACGUUCAAACACCACUUUUCAUAAUCAAUUCAAUUUAUGACUACUGGCAGAUUAAUAACACGAGUUUUUGGCCAAAAAUAUCCCUUAUCUUUGGGGUAGGCUUAACUUUGUCCUCUAAAUAUAACCUUGAGCACUAUAUGUCCUUUAAGUUUGCAAAACUUGAGCACUUUUAGUCUCACUAACAGAAAACUUCACAUCCUGUUAGAAAACUAACAGCAUUUACCAAAAAGAAUUCAGCAGCAAAAAUCAGUAUUCCAGCAACAAAAAAAACAGUGUUUUGGCAACAAAAAACAGUGUUCCAGCAGCAAAAAAAAGAGCAAUCCAACCGCAAAAAAAUAGCAUUUCAGCUGCAAUAAAAAUGACAUUCAACAACUGAUUUUUGACUGCUGGAUAAUAGGCUGUUAGAGAAACGAGAUUGCAUAUUUGACAUACUAAAUUAGUAUCUCUUGCUUGAGAUCUGGGUAUAGUUUCUCUGAUCUUGUUGCAGACCAGUGUCAGUUCUAAGUUUCUCUGUCUGUUUAACAUCAUAAUUUUUAUAAGAGAGGUGAAAAAAAAGAAGACACAAUUAUUUAUGGUACCAACUUGCAGCCUAUUAUCCAGCAGUCAAAAAUCAGCUGCUGAAUGUUGUUUUUAUUGCAGCUGAAAUGCUAUUUUUUUGCGGUUGGAUUGCUCUUUUUUUUGUUGCUGGAACGCUGUUUUUUGUUGCCAAAACACUGUUUUUUUUGUUGCUGGAAUGCUGAUUUUUGCUGCUGAAUUCUUUAUGCUAAAUGCUGUUAGUUUUCUAACAGGAUGUGAAGUUUUCUGUUAGUGAGACUAAAAGUGCUCAAGUUUUGCAAACUUAAAGGACAUAUAGUGCUCAAGGUUAUAUUUAGAGGACAAAGUUAAGCCUACCCCAAAGAUAAGGGAUAUUUUUGGCCAAAAACUCUUAAUAACACUUUGGUUCCUCCAUAUCUUGAUCCCCAACAUGUCUGGAAGGAUUGCAUCGACAACAUAAAUAACUGCACAUUUGGCCAACAUAUAAUUAUUCAAGCCUUUGGAAUGGAGUUCUUGAAGACAUUCGAGGGACUACCCCUUUGUUUUACAAGGGGUUAUUUCCUCACGUCUUGCUAUUCUCAUGGUGAAAUUCUUUCACUGGGAUACUGGUUCAGUGCUAGCUCUCCAAGGUUACUUAAUAAGACGAUCGAUGAAGCUGUUGCGGAUUGGUACUUUGAGAGAGAAGGGUUUCAUCAAUAUAUAGACCUAUACCCUUGCGCUAGAGAUUGCAAGAAUAAAUAAGUUAGUGAAAUUAUGUAAUGAAUAGGCUUGCAGAUGUUGUACCUGCUGCUUAUUUGGUGGUUUGUAGCCGUUGAAGAGCAGCUGACCGUUGGAGUAAAGAAAAGUUUUUAUGUUUUACAAUUGAGUCAUGUUAGAUUUUUUGUAGAUAAGCUUCUAAUUGUUUAGUUUAGCCUGACUUAAGUCUUAAUGUAUCUCAAUUUAGUGCAGUCGGGUAAGUUAGAGAUUCUGGAAUGCAAUGUUGUGGUCGCAGCUGUUAUAACUAGAAGGAUGAGUGUACAAAAUC